AUGGCACCAAAAAGAGAACCCUCCAUUAAAAAGUCUCCUUCGCCAGAGGCCCAACCGCAACUGGGUCCUCCCUACCCGUGCCUGCCUGCAGCUCCUGCAGCUCCAAAAUCCAUUCCAGAGCAGAAGCCGAGGAUGCUACGUCCUUCUGAUUCACCAUUUGACCCCAGUACUUUGGAGUCUGACUUCUCAGAAGAUCAAAUCCUCGAGUAUAAGGAGGCAUUCCUGCUGUUCGACAGGACAGGAGAUGGGAAGAUCAGCUUCAGUCAGUGUGGGGACGUGAUGCGGGCUCUGGGACAGAACCCUGUAAACGCUGAGGUGUUAAAAGUCCUGGGCAACCCCAAAGCUGAUGAAAUGAACACCAAGAUGCUCGACUUUGAGCAGUUCCUGCCCAUGUUUCAGGCCAUUGCAAAGAACAAAGACCAGGGCUCCAUGGAGGACUUUGUGGAGGGACUUCGUGUGUUUGACAAGGAGGGCAACGGCACAGUGAUGGGAGCAGAACUACGUCACGUCCUCACCACAUUAGGUGAGAAAAUGACAGAGGAGGAGGUGGAGACGCUCUUGGCUGGACACGAAGAUGCAAAUGGCUGCAUUAAUUAUGAAGAACUGGUCAGAAUGGUCAUGAGCGGUUGAAGAUGAAGUCCAUUACACACUUUUUUUUUUUUCUGUCAUGUCCAUUUUUGCAUUUAGCUUUUUCAGACCUACACAACUUUUUUUUUUUUUUUUUUUUAAUAAGACGGUUUUAAUUUAAGAAGUGCCUUUACAUUCCUUAGGAAAAAUCAUAGGUGACCAUUUUCAGCUCUGUUCAUUUUUAUGAGCAACUUGUAUCACUAUACGUCAUGCAACAUUUAUAACAUAAAAGUGUUUUGUUGAUGCCGGUCAACAUUAAAACAAUAAAAUAUUAAAUAUGUACAAAA